GGUUAUCAGUCUUCUUUGGUUCUCUAGUGUUGAUCGUGUGGGGGCGUGUGAGGGUAUACUUCGGUGGCCGGAGGAAUGGCGGUGGGUAGCGAGAUGGAGGCGGACAUCGACGAUCUGCCCAAGAACCCCGCCAACUACAUGGCCCUGACCCCGCUCUGGUUCCUCGACCGAGCCGCCCUGGUCCACCCGAACCGCCUCUCCGUCGUCCACGGCCCCAAGCGGUUCACCUGGUCGGAGACGUACCAGCGCUGCCGCCGCCUCGCCUCCGCGCUCGCCGCCCACUCGAUCGGCCCAGGAUGCACGGUAGCUGUAAUUGCACCAAACAUCCCAGCUAUCUAUGAAGCUCAUUUUGGAGUUCCAAUGGCUGGAGCAGUCUUGAACACUGUCAACAUUCGGUUAAAUGCUGCUACAAUUGCAUUUCUAUUGGGGCAUUCUUCAGCAGCAGUUGUUAUAGUGGACCAGGAAUUUUUCACUUUGGCAGAGGAAUCAUUGAAGAUCAUAGCAGAGGAAAAGAAAGCCGCUUUCAAACCACCACUUCUCAUUGUUGUAGGUGAUGAAACAUGUGAUCCCAUGUCUCUUCAACAUGCUUUGAGAAAAGGUGCUAUUGAUUAUGAGAAAUUUCUGGAAUCUGGGGAUCCUGAUUUUGCUUGGAAGCCACCAAAGGAUGAGUGGCACAGCAUUGCACUAGGCUACACGUCUGGGACGACGUCCAGCCCCAAGGGAGUGGUGUUGCACCACAGGGGUGCUUAUCUUAUGGCUCUCAGUUGUGCUUUAAUAUGGGGAAUGAAUGAAGGAGCUGUCUACUUGUGGACUUUGCCCAUGUUUCAUUGCAAUGGUUGGUGCUAUGCUUGGACAUUGGCAGCCCUUUGUGGAACAAGCAUAUGCCUCCGUCAGGUCACAGCCAAGUCUGUAUACUCGGCCAUAGCCAAGCAAGGUGUCACCCAUUUCUGUGCAGCCCCUGUUGUCCUGAACGCAAUCGUCAAUGCCCCUCCAAGCGACACCAUCCUCCCUCUUCCCCGUGUUGUCAACGUGAACACCGCCGGAGCUGCCCCACCCCCAUCGGUGCUGGCAGGAAUGACAAAACUUGGUUUCCGUGUCACCCACACGUAUGGCCUAUCGGAGACCUUCGGUCCGUCCGUCCUCUGUGCAUGGAAGCCUGAAUGGGACCUUCUUCCGCUCGAAGAACGAGCUCGUGUCCAUGCUCGCCAAGGUGUUCGCUACGUUGGGCUGGAAGGCCUAGACGUUGUCAACAUGAAAACUAUGGCUCCGGUCCCUGCUGAUGGUACCACUCUCGGGGAAAUUGUCAUGCGAGGAAAUGUUGUCAUGAAGGGCUACUUGAAGAACCCAAAGGCAAAUGCAGAGACCUUUGCUCAUGGUUGGUACCAUUCCGGUGACAUAGGUGUAAAGCACCGCGACGGAUAUAUAGAAGUGAAGGACCGUGCCAAAGACAUUAUCAUCUCGGGGGGUGAGAACAUUAGUAGCUUGGAGGUUGAGAGCUACCUGUACAUGCAUCCUGCGGUGCUGGAGGUAUCAGUGGUGGCUCGACCGGACGAGCAGUGGGGAGAGUCGCCGUGCGCAUUUGUGACUCCGAAGGAGGGAGUGGAUCAAUCCAACGAGCAAGCACUGGCAGAAGAUAUUAUCAAGUUCUGCCGUGCAAAGAUGCCGGCAUACUGGGUGCCCAAGUCCGUGGUGUUUGGACCGCUGCCAAAGACAGCUACUGGGAAGAUUAAGAAGCAUGAACUGAGGACGAAGGCCAAGGCAAUGGGACCUGUCAAACAGAGCAGGCUGUAAUGGAAACAUGGCUUUUCGGGAUAUGGAGUUAGCUGCUGUUGUAAGUGGUCUUUAAUAUUACGGUCCGUGAUUCGAGCUUUGUCAGUAAAGUAGCACAAACCUUAUGCGGUGGUGGUUUUCUGGCGGAAUUAUGCAUUUAUUUAUGACUCUCUUUAAUAAAGUUUGGUCCCCAGCCGAGUCUAUGUAAAGAAAAGGCGUGAAUCUUUGGUGCCAACCAAAUCUGUGUAAUCUCGAUUGACAGCGUAACACUCUUUAGUUGGAUUGUAUGGUGCUAAAAGGUCCGGUUGUGUUUAUUGGUCA